UAUCAUGUUUGUCUCCUCCUCUAGGUUUGGGGCUUUGAAUCCCACCCCUGUGUGUGCAGAACCUGCAUGUUCUCCUCGUGCUUCAGGGGUUUCCUCUGGGUACUCCCCCAGUCCAAAAACGUGCUGUAGGGUGAUUGGCGUUUCCAAAUUGUCCGUAGUGUAUGAAUGGGUGUGCGAUGAGUUGGCACCCCGUCUAGGGUAUCCCUUGCCUUGUGUCGUGCUUCUAACAGCACUUGCAGGCAGCAUUAAAUCAUCAUUGAAUAAGAAAAAAGUUACAGUUGUCUGCUACAACUGUCACUAUAGAAUUGUUAAAGUAGAUCUCCUGUACUUGAAUGAAUUAAUGAAUCCACUGAAAGUAAUUAAUGGUCAGUUGAUGUCCAACAGAUUGCAUGAUGAAGUGGCAAUUUCUCUAUAUACUCUUACUGCAGGAACUCCUGCUUGGAUCACACUCCAUUAGUAGGCUAAAAUAGUGUAAAAUGUGUUUCUUUGAAGAAAAAAGAAAAAAAAAAAGAGGAGAGAACUAUUAUGUUUCAUAGCCAUCUGGAGACUAUAGAACUAAACAACCUCCUGGCAAACUGCUAUUCAAAUCUCUAAAGAACAAAACUCAAACCCUGUUGCUUUUGUAGCAGCCAAUCAGCGUGGAGCAGUGCAGCGAGCAGCCAAUGAGAGCGUCGAUAAGCAACCGUUCGAAGGGCGGAUCUGUUGGAAAGAAAAAAAAAGAAAAAUGAAAUGUGGUGGAGAAAGUUGUGCGGGUUUAGAGGGAAUUUCUGGAAGGGAGAGAGAGAGAGAGAGAGAGAGAGAGAGAACUGGGUGGGAAGAAAAGUAUCCAGAUGAUGCGUUUGAUUUAAUUCCUGGAUGGAUCACAAUUAUAGUGAUUUAUACAAUUUAUACAUCGUGAUCUGUUUUUAGAGCCUCAUGGCUUUGAUCGCAACAGAUCCCAGCUGCAUACAGACCGGACUAACCAGCACCGCUGUCAGAAAGGAGUGCACUGACAAUAAAACAAAAGCUUUAAAAAACUCCAGCAUGCAAGCACAAGGCGCAGAGUUUAACACCGAGGGUUUACCCAAAGCUUUUCUGCACAGCCUGCGGACUUUGUUCGAUAUUUUAGACGACGGAAAGCGAGGCUACGUGCACAUCUCGGAGAUCGAAAGUCGGUGGCAGGGCGCGGAAACGCAGGAUCUCCCCGGCGGUGUGUUGGAGAGUCUGAGGCGCGUCACACCACCGCACGGCUGCCUCACCUUCGAGCGCUUCGUCUCGGGACUUCGAUCUUCCGUCCUGAAUCCUGACAAAGCACAAGCUUCAAACCACACUCAAAAGCAACACUUCCAGCAUCCGAACGGCUUCAAAGCGCAACCGCAUAAUAAAGUGCGACCUCUCGGACCGAGCAACGGGACUAAUGUUCAGCACAGCCGCGCGAGCGCAACGCUACAGAACCGCGCGCGACAGCAGUACGACAGCAGGGGCUGUGCGUGCACCAAUUCAAGCAAAUACUGCGCGAGCGGUUCCUCGUCGUACCCGAAUCCCAGUGCUCAGCCAUGCACGAGGAGCGGCAGGAGCCUGGAGCGCGUUCCCGUGGCGCCCGAGCGCGCGCCUAACCGGUCUGAUUCGAAUCGCGUGGGGAAAAAGGUGCAGCAGCAGCAGCAGCCCACCCGCGUGCAGUCAGUCGAAUCAAUCCCGGUGGAGUCUUUUCACAAGACAAGUCAGCAGCAGGGUGAACGUGUUGGUCUGCCUCGGUCACAGAGUGAGACUACUACAGGGUUCACGGCGACCAGGCGGCACAGCAGGAGCCGGGAAGAGCCGAGACGACACACCAUCACUAACGGGCUCGACUAUGGAAUGCUAAAGCAGAUGAAGGAGCUGGAACAGGAGAAGGACUCACUGCUGUCUGGACUGGAUGUGGUGGAGAGAGCGAGAGAGUGGUACCAGAGCCAAAUCCACAGCGUGAACGAGAGACAGAGGCUCGUCGGGCAGAGUGGCCACCUCACUGAUUUUCUGACAGAAUCCAAUCAAUGUCGCCUGAAUGUCCUCCUGCCCAAACUACAGGAAGUGAACCGCUGCCUUAAUGAGCUCAUUUCCUGCUCUGGAAUGUCAUUCCCCUCUCCGAACGGACAGUCUUCUAUCUUCUCCCCCAGUGUCCCGCCUGUUCCUGCUCCUCCACAGGCCAUCCAGAGACUGAAGGACCAGAACCACCUUCUCACACAGGAGGUGACGGAGAAGAGUGAACGCAUUACCCAGUUGGAGCAGGAGAAGUCGGCUCUGAUUAAGCAACUAUUUGAAGCCCGAGCUCGUAGCGCUCACGACAACAGUGUCCUCGACUCAACCUUCAUAUGAACAGACAGAUCAGACCACAACCACAACCAAAUCCCACUUUUACUCAGCCCAAGGACUGCAAACACUCCCUCAAUACACCAGACUGAGAUUUGAUUGUGACUACUGCUUUCAUGGUGUAAUGAUGAGAUUUCAUUUGACUGCAUGCAAACACGCAAAGGUUAAAUGUCACAUAUUUCUUCACACGCAAGAGCGACUCUAUGUUUAUGUAUGACUUAAACCACUUUUGUGUGAAUGCUGCCACGUUUUGUGCACUGACAGAUGUUGACAGAUCAGUGGCUUUUAGCCUGAGCUUGAAUUGUACUUUAACCUUCAAGUUUUUUUUUCUUCUUCUUAAAUUUUUUUUUAUUUUUAUGACUGGACCUGAAUGUUAUGGCUUAGCCACCUAUCUUUACACUCCUGAACCCACCAUAUAACUAGUCAGACAAAGAAACAUUUAGUGUUCUCAGAUUAUGAACUUUUGUCAUACUGGGCCUCAUUUAUCAAACUGGCUACAAACAUUGUUCACACAAGCGUUUACACAAGAAAUUUAGUAUACAUGAAAAUCCAUUCAGUUCGGACGAAAUGUUCGUAAACUAUGAAAGUUUGAGUAAAUGUACAUCACUAAUGUAAACCUUAAUUAUUCUGCUUCUAAUCGCAUAACUGGCAUUUGCAAGUUUAUAUAUGGGAUUACACAGUCAAGUUUAAAUUUAUUUCCAUUGAAAUAUUUGUGUAAAUCAUUAACUUGCUUGAAAUUAAUGACAUGAAAGAACUCCAAAAUUGAGUUCGCAUCUUUGCCUGCUUAUCUAUGUACAUCUGGAGGAUUAAGUGACAUCCACUAGAUGGCAUGUUGGAUCCAAAAAUCUGUAUCCCAUUAAAAUAGUACACACGUUUGUGAUUUGAGACACAACAUUAGUGUGUUUAAGGGCGCACGUUGGCUUAGUCGUUAGCAUGUUCGCCUCACACCACCAGGGUUGGAGGUUCGAUUUAAGCCUGUGUGUGCGGAGUUUGCAUGUUCUCCCCGUGCUGCGGGGGUUUCCUCUGGGUACUCCGGUUUCCUCCCCAGUCCAAAGCAUGGUAGGCUAAUUGGCAUGUCCAAAGUGUCCAUAGUGUGUGAAUGUGUAUAUAAUUGUGCCCUGCGACAAAUUGGCACCCUGUCCAGGGUUGUGCCCGAUGCUCCCUGGGAUAGUUCCAGGUACCCCCGAGCGGUAUAGAAGAUGGAUGAAUGGAUUAGUUUGUUUAUUCAGUUGUAGAUACAGUGUCACAUGGUGCUAUACUGCCCCCACUGUUUACACCGGUAUUGCACCAUGUGCCUGCAUCGCCUUCAUUUCUGAGGAUGUGCGCAGUUGACACGCCAAACGGCCGCAGGAUACAUGUGACAUCCAUCUUGCACAUGCAUAAUUAAAAGCAAGUAUAAUUGAGCCUUUAGUGCACAAUGCCUUUAGGAGGCAUUCUUUUAAUAUUUAGUCGUAAUUUUGUCAUUUUCAGCUUUCUGUGUCCUGUCUUUUAUGGAAUUUUGUGGGUGUCACUAUAUAAAUCACCUGUACCUUGAAUGCACUCAGUAAUGGCCUACAAAAACAUUUGCACACAAUUUUACAAAACGAUUGAUAAAUGAGGCCCAUUCUUAGCAUGAUGAAUGUUGCAAAUGUCAGGACUCGCUUUCCCAAGCACUGAAAAGUAACGAUCGGAACUGGGAGAGAGUGUUCAUUGUGAUGCCCGCUCUACCAUUUAACAAAAAAUCGUAUGCUUCAUUCGUUAAGAAACUCAGCCCUGAUUAAGAAUCAUGGACUGACAAUUUCAACAGAUGCCAGGAUUUGUUUGUCCGUUUCAAAUAUAUCUUUAAAGUGCGUUUUGAAUGAACAAAUGAAUCAAACAUGCAAGUGUAAAACUGGAAAACACAUUUUUGCUGAACACUCUUCUAACAUGAAAUUCCAAAAUCCAUGGAUUAGUGCAUCUUAGAUUUUAGCCAUUAUAUGAACUUUCCAGCUACUACUCUUGGAAUGCAAAAAUGACUCUUGAGAGCGCAUUCACACCUGGCUUAUUUGGUAUGGAACGAUUUUUCUUUUCGUUAGUUCGUCAGUCAUCUCAUGCGCUCCAAACAAUUGAACCCUAGUCUGUCAAAAAUAAGUUGUCUUGCUCCAGCUUGUCCAACAGAAUGAUAGUCCUCACCAUAUUAACCAUAGUAACAUUGAUUUCAUUUUCUGUAUUGGCAAUUUCAGAUCUAUUAACACAACGUAGUAGCCGAUACAGGAUUACAUGUUUGCAACAGUACAAUCAGACAGAAUGAUGGACAUCCGCUGUUCUGCAGUUUCUGUGAUAUUUCAGCAUGCAUUAAUGUAUGUGUGAAAUUGAUAGUAACCUUAACCUAUCUCUAUUAUUUCUAACACCUAUGUGCUUGCAUGACCUACAGAGGAGCAAAUAUGAAAGUGUUCAUCAAAACACACUUUUUCCAGAACAUCCCUCCCAAAAAAGA